AUGUCGUGUUCAUCUUCAUCAGGGUCAGAGGAUGACGAUGAGGGCAUCGACUCCUACAGGAAAGGAGGCUACCAUGCCGUCAGGGUCGGCGAUCAGUUCGCAGGCGGCCGCUACGUGGCUCAGAGGAAGCUGGGUUGGGGUCAGUUCUCCACCGUCUGGCUCGCAUACGACACCACCACUUCUACGUACGUGGCUCUUAAGAUUCAGAAAAGCGCAGCACAGUUUGCUCAAGCUGCUCUUCAUGAGAUUGAAGUUCUUUCUAAUAUUGCGGAUGGUGACCCCACAAACUCCAAGUGUGUUGUGCGACUGAUAGACCAUUUUAAGCACGCAGGCCCAAAUGGGCAGCAUCAGUGUAUGGUCCUUGAGUUUCUUGGUGAUAGCUUACUUCGGCUGAUCAAGUAUAACCGUUACAAAGGCCUUAAAUUGAAUCAAGUUAGGGAGAUCUGCAAAUGCAUAUUGAUUGGUCUGGAUUAUUUGCAUAGAGAACUUGGUAUCAUUCACACUGACCUAAAACCUGAAAACAUUCUUCUAUUUACCACCAUUGAUCCUGCCAAAGAUCCAGUCAGGUCUAGCCUCACCCCAAUUCUUGAAAGGCCUGAAGGGAACCUGAACGGUGGAGCCACCAUGAAUCUUAUUGAGAAAAAGUUGAAAAGGAGGGCAAGGCGGGCAGUUGCUAAGAUUUCCAUGAGAAGAGAAUCUAUGGGAGGUGUUGAAGCUCCGAAGUCUGAAAGAAACAUGGAUGGGAUUGAUGUAAGGUGCAAGGUUGUUGAUUUUGGAAAUGCCUGUUGGGCUAACAAGCAACUCACAGAAGAGAUUCAAACAAGGCAGUAUAGAGCUCCCGAAGUUGUACUGCGAUCUGGUUAUUCCUACUCAGUUGAUAUGUGGUCAUUUGCUUGCACCGCCUUCGAGCUUGCAACUGGUGACAUGUUGUUUGCUCCAAAGAUGGGACAAGGCUUUAGUGAGGAUGAGGAUCACCUUGCGUUGAUGAUGGAACUCCUUGGAAAGAUGCCUCGGAAGGUAGCAAUUGCAGGAGCUCGUUCCAAGGAUUUCUUCGACAGACACGGGGAUCUAAAAAGAAUUCGAAGGCUGAAAUUUUGGCCACUUGAUAAAAUACUGAUUGAUAGAUACAAAUUUUCUGAGACUGAUGCUCGGGAAUUUGCAGAAUUCCUUUGUCCCAUUUUCGAUUUUUCACCAGAGAAGCGGCCAACUGCUCAGCAGUGCCUGCAGCACCCGUGGCUCAAUCGCAGUACUUCGAGCCAAACUGAGAUGAAAAAUAAAUCUAAAAUGGAGAAGGUGAAUGUCGGGAUGAGCAACCUUCAGAUUAAGGUUGGCAAGUGA